AUGGAGGCCCACGAGCACGUCCAACAGGGGCCCCCGAAGCUGAAAGGCGUCCCUGAGCUCAGGGCGAUCAGACAAAAGAAGAAAAAGAAGGCCAAAGACAAGGCCAAACUCCCGGAAGGUAUGGGAACCAUUCGAAGGGACAAGAAGGAGAAGCCACCAGGCCUGGAUGUGGGGACCCCGGCCCAGGUGGCCUUCGAGAAGAUGCAGGAGAAGCGGCAGGGGGAAAGGAUCCCGAAGAAAGCAUCCCAAACCCACAGGCAGAGAGUUGAGGACUUCAACAGACACCUGGAUACACUCACAGAGUACUUCGACCUUCCCAAAGUCAGCUGGACCAAGUAG